AUGGAACAAAGUCGUCAGUUUGUGAUGUUUAUGCAGAGAGAAGAAGAAAUGGAGGAGAAUGUGAACGAGGAAAAGAAAUGGGAGGUUUCACGUAGAGCGUUUGCGGCGGAGCUCAAGAAAGAGGGAGUUAUAGCGGCGCCUAUGGUGGCGGUUGCGGUGUUGCAGUACCUGCUGCAAGUGGUUUCUUUGGUAAUCGUCGGACAUCUUGGGGAGCUAUCGCUCUCUAGUGUUGCUAUUGCUACCUCACUCACCAACGUCACUGGCUUUAGCCUUCUUUCAGGAAUGGCGAGUGGAUUGGAAACUCUGUGUGGGCAAGCAUUUGGAGCAGAGCAAUUUCACAAACUUGGAACCUACACUUGCACUGCCAUAAUCUCGCUCAAUUUGGUCUGUCCUCCAGUUUGUGUCCUUUGGAUUUUCAUGGACAAGUUCUUGUCUCUCAUAGGCCAAGACCCUCUAAUCUCACUUAAAGCUCGCGACUAUUCAAUGUGGCUCAUUCCUGGCCUUUUCGGUUCCGCAAUUCUCAAGCCAUUGACUCGCUACUGCCAAACUCAGAGUUCAAUACUUCCAAUGCUUUUUGCAUCGUUUGUUGUCUUGGUUUUCCACAUCCCGACAUGUUGGACGCUUGUUUAUAAGUUGCAAAUAGGGAGUCAUGGAGCUGCUAUAGCCUUCAGUUUGUCCACUUGGUUGUAUGUGGCAUUACUCGGACUUUACGUGACAUAUUCUUCUUCCUUUGCCAGAAGUCGGAUUGCAUUCUCGAAAGAUGCUUUUCUUGGUAUUGGGGAGUUCUUUCGCUUAGCAAUUCCUUCUGCUAUUAUGAUUUGUCUGAAAUGGUGGUCUUGCGAGCUGAUUACCCUGCUGUCUGGUCUUUUACCAAACCCGAAACUGGAGACUUCAGUACUAUCUAUAUGCCUUACCCUCUCCACAUUGCACUUCACCAUACCGUACGGAGUUGGAGCUGCAGCAAGCACUCGAGUGUCGAAUGAAUUAGGCGCUGGCAACCCCGAAGCAGCUAGAUUGGCUGUGUGGGCAGCAGUUUUUCUCGCAACCACAGAAGCAGUAAUUGUGGGCACUGCUCUCUUCGCCUGCCAUAAUGUUCUGGGAUAUGCUUACACAAAUGAUAAACAAGUGGUUGACUAUAUUGCAUCCAUGGCUCCUCUGAUCUGUGUUUCGGUUUUCAUGGACAGCUUACAAGCAGUUCUGUCAGGAAUUGCUAGAGGAGGUGGAUGGCAGCACAUAGGAGCGUAUAUUAAUCUCGCGGCAUUUUAUUUGGUUGGACUUCCUGUGGGUGCUAUACUCGGUUUUGUUCUUCCUCUGAAAGGGAAAGGCCUUUGGAUCGGAAUAGUGAUUGGCUCAGCUGUGCAAUCAACUCUUCUUUCUCUUGUGACAAUUUUCACCAACUGGAAAAAGCAGGCAAUCAAGGCGAGGGAAAGGGUAUUGUUAAAGAGAUCUUCUGUAGCAAAUGAAUCAGAUUGACCGCGUAAAUUACGGGCAGAGAUCUAAGUUUUCAUAUG